AUGGAAGAAAUCGGAGUGAAUGGAAAAGACAAAAUUAAUAAGGAUGAUGAAUUCCACGUUCGAACAUACUAUAACUAUAAAACAGUUUCUGAAAAUCGAGAUGGAAAUAAAGAAAAUUCUAAUUUAGAAUUUUUCAAAAUAAAAAAAAAAGAGGAUCGUUUUUUAUGGUUUGAAAAACCUUUUGUAACUCUAGUUUUCGAUUAUAAAAGAUGGAAUAGACCAAAUCGAUAUAUAAAAAAUGAUAAAAUUGAAAAUACUGUAAGAAAUGAAAUGUCACAAUAUUUUUUUUAUACAUGCCAAAGUGAUGGAAAAGAACGAAUAUCUUUUACAUAUCCCCCCAACCUUUCAACUUUUUUUGAAAUGAUACAAAAAAAGAUCCCUUCAUUUACAACAGAAAAAAAAACCUCGGAUCAAGUUUAUACUUGUUGGAGUUUGGUCAAUGAAGAAAAAAAGGAAAAUUUAAAAAACGAAUUUUUAAAUAGAAUUGAAGCUUUAGAUAAAAAAGGGUCUAUUGAAAAUAUACUGGAAAAAACAACUCGAUUUUGUCAUAACGAAACUCAAAAAGAAUAUUUACCUAAAAUUUAUGAUCCAUUUUUACAUGGGAUUUCGCGCGGAAGAAUCAAAAAAUUAUCUCCGUUCCAAAUCAUAACCAAAACCUAUAAAAAAAAGAAUAUAAGAGGAUCUUGGAUAAACAAAAUUCAUGCUAUACUUCUGAAGAUUAAUUCUCAAAAAUUUGAGCAAACAAUAGAAAAAUUUAAAAGAAAGUCUUUAUCAAUAGAGAAAAAACUUUAUUUUUUUUCCGAACCCCAAGAAGAAAAAAUUCAGUCAGAAGAAGAAAUAAAAAUUUUCAAAAUUUUAUUUGAUGUCGUUAUAAUUUAUAAUAAUGAUCAAACUCUUAUAAAAAAUUUUAUUGAUUUCCAUGAAAUCAAUAAACAAGUUCCUCAAUGGUCAUACAAAUUAACAAGUGAAUUGGAAGAAUUGGAAGCUGAAACUGAAGAAAAUAUACCAACCGAACCUGGAAUUCGUUCAAGAAAAGCAAAACGUGUAGUGGUUUUUACUGAUUUAAAAGAACCGCAUAACGAGAUUUAUACUAAUCUCAAAGAUAAUCAAAAUUCUGAUCAAACAGAUGAAAUGGCUUUGAUCCGUUAUUCACAACAAUCUGAUUUUCGUCGAGAGAUAAUUAAAGGAUCCAUGCGUUCCCAAAGGCGUAAAACUGUUAUUUGGGAAUUUUUGCAAGCAAAAGCACAUUCGCCCCUUUUUUUUGAUAGAAUAGAUAAAUUUUUUUUUUUUCGUUUGAUAUAUGGGGGCUAAAAAAAAAAAUUCUUAGAAAUUUCAUGUGGAAAAAAAAAAUUUUUUUUGAUAAAAA